AUGAAGAGACCCGAGCUUGUGCUGUUCAUCGCGCGCGCUGACUGCGAAGAGGAAGGUUGGCAGGAAUUUUUGAGCCAAAGCUUGUCAUACACACGUGCCGCGUACGUGAACCACUAUGGUCCUCUUUCUGAGGAACUACCUUUCCUUGUCUUUGCACAAUCCUCCAACAGGCAAUUCUCUUCCGAUACUGUGCCAAAAACCAUUACCGAGCUCCUCACCCGUGGUAAGGAGAGUGGGCUGCCCGUUGUCAUCGUGAUGAAUGGAUGGGACGGCCUUACUACGAAUCCAGUUGUGAUGAUAAAUCUCUUUAGGCCAUGGUUAAAUGAUGUCGCCAUAUCGAUUCGCGUAUUUGCCGGUGAUCCGCGGAGGUUCUUUGAGGUUUCCUUGGUGCAUGCGAUAGAGGCCUUACUAGGUGAAUAUGAGGAUGACGACGAGGCUCCCGAUCUUCCCUACGACACACAACUGUUCCUCCACAAGUUUCGUGCACUUUACUACAUCGGCAUCACCGGAAACCUAAGCCCCCCGAGUGACGCGGCGCUCAGACAGUAG